AUGGGAUUUUUGGUUUUAGGUCACGGUAUUACAGUUGCCUACCUAAAAUUGUUGGAUCAAAAGGCUUUGAAUGAUGUAUUUUCAGUAGCUAAAUGGACGAGUCAUAAACAUGCUCUACGUAAAAAACUCAGUGAAUGGCAAGAAAGCUGUCUAUUCAAUCAAAUUCCUAGUCAUGAAACGGAUUCGUCACAAGUAAACUGGAUGCCGGAACCAGCAGCAUACAAGCAUAAACUUUUGCCAACAAACGUUACGUACACUUUAUUGGAUGAUAUUUUGCAACGAAACGAAAAAGGCAAAAUAGUAACACAAUUCUAUAAAGGGCACAAUAAUCUGGACUCAGAGCACAGGAAGUUUUUAGCUCAUACUAUUGUAGACUUUUACAUCGCAAAUAACAUGUAUUUUCCUCUUCCUGAUAUGGCACGAUUUGCUCAACUGAUCUCGGAACGAUUUCUUUCAGAGAUUUCAGUAAUUAUCUCUAUACCUAAAAAAAUUCUCAAAAAUUAUAAUCCACGAGACAGUACGGUAAACAAGAAAAAUCCAUCCGGAUUGAUCUACGAUCGUUUCCACAACCGCAACAAGAAAGCGUUGGUCAAAUCCAAAAGUGCAGUUAUUACUUGUUUGCAAGCUCUAAGGAAUAAAGCAUUGGAACUUCCAUUCGAUGGUACACGAAAGCGAUAAGUGAGCUUAGGAACGAGUUUGAAUCUCGUAGUAUACCGUUCACACCAAGAAUAUACGCAAUUGGAAAACCUGAAUUGCUAGAAUCGUUCUACGUAGUUACAAGCUUACUAGAGUAUCAGCUACCUUCCUUCCUGCGUUGUAUAGAUGUGAUUGUAAAACUGAAUUGCGCCUUGGAUUUCGAAUAUCCGGAGAGUUGUGAAGUUUUUUGGUGUUUUGUUAACCGGUAUUUCUACGACAUCAAGUACGUUCGAUAAUCAAAAAUCAACUUGCUUCAACUGUUAGCAUAUUUGAAUCAACGGAAAAACGAACUGCCAACUGUGUAAGGAAUCGCAUAACAAUUUGCAAAGCCUUAUCGAUCACUUAACUUUAGCUCAUGGAACACCAUCAGUUUUCAAAUAUAAUUGUACGGUAUGUGUGCCGACAACAA